AGUUGCCCUCUAUAUGUCCCAUUCUACUUCACGGUGAAGUCUUUAUCCACCUAGUUCGGCAAAGUUUCCGCUUCCACAUCUGUCACGAUCAAUGGCGGUACACUGCCAGUCCUCCGCCGUUGCUCUCUUCGUCUUCCUCCUUAGCCUCACCUCACCUCAAGUCUCCGCCGACAUGGUGCUUGAAGACGGGUACACCGUCACGACGCUGAUCGACGGCCACAAACUCGGCGUCAACCCGCACUCGGUGCUUGCUCGCCCUGGAUCGUCCGAUCUUCUCGUCCUUGACUCUUCCGGUAGUGCCGUCUACACCGUACCAUUUCCCACGCCCGGAUCCCAAGUUUCAGAGAGUGUGAUUAAACGGUUAUCCGGCAACGGCGACGGAUAUUCGGAUGGGGAGUCGGGUUCGGCCCGGUUCAAGAAGCCCCGGAGCUUCGCUGUGAGUCCGAAAGGAAUCGUCUUCGUCGCCGAUAAGGGCAAUAGCGUCAUUCGAAAGAUAAGCGCGUCAGGUGUGAGCACGAUUGCGGGAGGGUACUCGCCGAAGCCUGGGCGCGAGGACGGCCCUGCUCAAAACGCAACGUUUUCGCCGGAUAUUGAGCUGGCUUUUGCUGCUGAUCAGUGCACGCUGCUCGUCUCUGAUCGCGGGAAUCAGUUGGUCCGGUUGAUUAGUCUCAAGCCGGAGGAUUGCUCUGGGACUUCUCCGUCAAGCCACAAGCUUGGUGCAGUUUGGGUCUGGAUUUUGGGUAUCGGAAUGUCGUGUGUUUUUGGAAUUGUUGUUGGGAUUGUGAUUCGGCCUUAUAUUUUCCGCAAUGACAAGCGGCUCGGCUCCAGCGCGACGUGGAAGCGCUGCCGAAUCUAUCCGGGGAAGCAAGUAGCACAGACACUUUGCUUCGCCGUCAGAAGCGCAACUGCUAGCUCAGCCCCUGUUUUGUCGCUGUUGAGGCGGCUGUAUCUGUUGGGCAUGUCCCAUCUUUCUCUUAUGUUUAGGAUUAACUACGUAGAGGAGUCCUGGGUUUCACCUAAGGAGUGUGUGUCUUUGCUUGAUUCCGAUGUUGAUAACAGUAGUAGUAUUUGUUUUGAGAUAACAGAGUCGUCCUCCUCCAAGUAUGUGGAUCAGCUUAAGGAAUUGGUGGGUUUCGAUGGAAGCCUGGAGCUGCGUAGCAUGAAGGAAGGAGACGGUAAUGAUGGGAGGAGUGGUGUGGUAUCUGGCUCCCAUGGAAGAAUAGAGGGUACGAUAGACAGUAAUAUUAUGGGAUUUGUGGGGGGAGCUAAAGAAACUCUUCUGGUGGACGGGGCUUCGGGCGGUAAUUCGGGUUUAGUUAAAAGGAGAUGAAGAGAAAAAACUUGAAGAAAGACAUGUUUCAUGUGUAUUUAGCAUACCUCCUGUUUAGAGGCUUGUGUAUAUUUUGAAUCUGUUUUUGUCAGUUAUAAAUCUGGCUUAAGGCAUGUUAGUCAUUAUCUGCAACCAAUCAUUUAGGUCCUUUGCUUCUAUUUUGAGACUCUGUUUGAUCUCCAUAAAUUUUAUGAUGCUCUGGAGUAUGGGAUAUUUCCGGUU